UCGGUGAUGUUGCAAAGGCCCUUGGGGGAUAUUUUAUUUUUAAGAGGUAGCUUUCUUGUGCAAGUGAAGCUGGCUGAAAAAUGCAGGGGAGGGCUGAAACUCGAGAGUAACAUCAACAAACCCCCAAGCCCAGCAGGGGAAGCAGAGAGGCUUGGGGCAGGUUCCUGGGGCACCUUCCCUGAGGACGGGGCUGCAGGCUUGGGUUUUGUGACCCCCCAACUCUGGAGCCUCCUGGGGAAGGGCGCGCUUCCCGGUGCAUCUGUGAGUGGUCCCCUGCUGUAUAUCAGCGAGGCCUCUGAGUGUGAACUCUGGGCGACAGACAGCCGCAGCGCGUCCUCGGACACAAGGCAGCCGGGCCAGGAGCGGCGCAGAGCACUGCCAUGUGGGCCAGCUGGUGGCUCUGGCCUUUGCUGGUUGUCUGCACUGCAGACAAGUUCCUGGAACAGGCAAAGAGAAUCAUGCAGGUCACGCCUCUCAUUGACGGGCACAACGACCUGCCCUGGGAGCUGCAGAGCAGGUUCAACAACCAGCUCUGGAGCAGCGAGGCCGACCUGUACCACCUGAACGGCACCCACACCAACAUCCCCAAGCUGAGGGCUGGCUUUGUGGGGGGCCAGUUCUGGUCUGCCUUCGUACCCUGCAACACCCAGAACAAAGAUGCGGUGACGAGGACGCUGGAGCAGAUAGACGUCAUCCACCGCAUGUGCCAGAGGUACCCUGAGACCUUCCUGUGCGUCACCGACAGCAGAGGCAUCCGGCAGGCCUUCCAGGAGAGGAAGGUGGCCAGUCUGGUCGGCGUGGAGGGUGGCCACUCCAUCGACAGCAGCCUGGGCGUCCUGCGGGCGUUCUACCACCUGGGGAUGCGGUACCUGACCCUCACGCACAGCUGUAACACGCCCUGGGCGGACAACUGGCUGGUGGACACGGGGGAGGACAAGGCCGAGAACAAAGGCCUGUCGGACUUUGGGAAGAGAGUGGUGCGGGAGAUGAACCGGCUGGGCGUCAUCAUCGACUUGGCGCACACGUCUGUGGCCACCAUGAAGGCUGCUCUGAACCUGUCCGUGGCCCCGGUCAUCUUCAGCCACUCCUCCGCCUUCCAGCUGUGCAGGCACCGGCGGAACGUGCCCGACGACGUGCUGCAGCUGGUGAAGGAGAAAGGCGGCCUGGUGAUGGUGAACUUCUACAACGACUACGUCGCCUGCGACCAGGAAGCCACGCUGUCCCAAGUAGCGGACCACCUGGACCACAUCAGGAAGGUGGCGGGGGCCGGAGCAGUGGGCUUUGGUGGGGACUUCGACGGCGUCUCCAGGGUCCCCACGGGGCUCGAGGACGUGUCCAAGUACCCAGACCUGGUGGCCGAGCUGCUCAGGAGGCAGUGGACAGAGGAAGAGGUCAGGGGCGCCCUGGCCAACAACCUGCUGAGGGUGCUGGAAGCGGUGGAGCAGGCGAGCAACCGCAGCCUGCCCCCCGAGGAGGCGCUCCUCCAGCCCUCGAAGGACCCCUGCUCACCCAAGCACUCGGGCACCCCCGGCCUCCGCCCCCAGCCGGGGGCCCUGCUGGCCGCCCUCACCCUCGCUCCCGCCCUCCUCGACCUGCGUCUCCCGUGA